AUGAAGUUCCAGCUCAUCACCGCCGCCGCCGCCAUCUUUGCGGCCACCGCAGCCGCCCUUCCCGUGGCCGAGACCGACAGCCACGGUCUGGAGAUUGACACCGAUGACUGGGUCGAUGAUGGUAGCCUUGAUGCCAUCGAGGCUCGGGAUGUUGAGACAGUCGAAGUCCGUGACGUCCCAACCCUCGAGGCCCGUGUCGCUCCCAUCAACGAUAUCGUUGACAACUUCAACUUCACCGUCGACUUUGACUUCGCACUCGACCGUCUCCUUGCCGAGAUUGACGAGAUCCCCGACGAGAUCCUCGAGAAGGGCGACGAGGUCUUGCACCAGUGGCUCGUCGAGCACGGUUUCCGGAUCGACAACGAGAAGCUGAAGCGCGAUGCCGACGCCUCCGCUUUCGAUGCUGAGGAGGCCGAAAACCUGAGCCUCCUCGAGCGCGGCGAGCUCAUCGCCCGUGCCUCGGCCUGGAAGAUUGCCAAGUGCGUCGCUUCCAUCGUCCAGCUGCUCGCCACCACCGCCGUUCCCGCCGCCAAGCUGCUCCGCAUCAAGAAGUACAUCAAGGCUCUCGGCGGCGCUAAGGAGUCCGUCAAGCUCCUCCUCGGCGCUACGACCCGCGCCGAGAAGCUCAAGGUCGGCGGUGAGAUCCUGGUCAACCUGUCCGCUGAACUGCUUGGCAUCAGCACCGUCAAGAAGAACUGCUUCUAA